AUGGCUGCCAUGAUGCCCUCGCCUCCAAUGGAUGACCUCUAUGCGGAAAGAUUGCACGGAGAUGCGCAUUCGUUGUUAGAGGCAUCGAUCGAAGAUUUCGAAGAACACGAACGACGCUCACCUCUUCUAUCUGGCUUCCGGUCGGAGGAGGGUGAGAGUGAAGUUGACGACCAGUCCAGCACAGGCCUGCCAUGGUCACCUCCAGGCUUUAAGAGUCGGAACUCAAAUGCAAGUGGAUGGUUCCGGCAGGAUCCAUAUGGAAUAUAUGAUUUGCGCCCUACUAUAAGUCCCUCGCGGUCACGACAAACCAGUCCUGAGAUCUAUCAAGAUGCGACCGAAGGAGAUCCGGAUAUUACCAUAGCCGUGAACACACCCUUGCCGGCCGGUACGGACUCGCCUGUUAGGGAGCGGUCUCCGGAAGCAGAGCCACAGUAUGAGGCAAAGACGGGAAAUUUUGAUCACACCGAAACCAUGCCUCCUGAGAGUCCGAACAAUUACAUUCGCCUGCAACUCCGAGCAGAAGUGCAACAUCGAGAACCGUUCGUUCCUUUUCUCAACUUCGUACAAAGAAAGUUUGACGCAAUGACCAAGACGAAGUCGAGCACUUUCAUAUCAAUUCUGACCACGAUCUUGGUCGCUUCGCUCCUGCGGAUCAUCCUGGUUCCUCCGAUUCCACCUCCUGUCCCCGACCUGGUCAAGGUUUCCACCCUAGCCAAGUCAUUUGAGCCCUUAAUUUUCUACUCGGAGAACGGCUAUACACAAAUUACGGCGUUGCAGGAAACAAGUGUGGCGGUCUGGGACCUGGGCGAGUCGGUCCGGAGCGCGAACAUGACUUCAGCACCGUUGAUCGUGCGCUCCCUGGACGAGCUAUCCGAGAGCUUGAAAACUCUUGGCCUGGAGUUGACCCGGUUCUUCGCUGAUGUGGACUCGGACGUCGACAGCAUUUUGCUGGUGAUGGACUGGGCAAAGCGAGAACUGCAAGGUGUCACUUCGCAAGGGAUGUCGUUAUCAGGUGUGAUAUUCGAUCAUCUGCAUGGCAUCUUCAACCGAGGAGGAUUGCUUGAGACAUCCAAAGGUCCCACAGCGUUGGGCAAAUUCUUGACCGACGUCUUUGGUGCGAGUUCGCCACAGAGGGCGAGGGCGACCCUCACGAGGACAUUCCACGAGUUCGUGAAUGUGCUUGAGGAGUCGAUCAACAGCGAAUUGACGCACUCCGCAGCACUGUUUGCUUUGUUUGAAUCGAUCGAUCGACAGUUCUUGAACUUGCAACGAACGGUGGUCCGAGAGACAGAUACGCAAGAAAGACUUGAGAACGAUCUUCUUUCAUCGUUGUGGACGAGGGUGAUAGGUCCGAACGCAGCCGUGUUGCGGAAGUUUGAGAAAAACAAACAGCUGUUGUCCAGUGUACGAGCGAGGACAGUCAACAAUAAGCAUCUGCUCAUGGAGCAUCACGGAAGACUGCAGACUCUCAAGGUGAAUCUGGAAAUUUUGCGGAGAAAAUUGGUCAGCCCUUUGGUGAGGAGGAAUGAUUCUGUUACCGUCGACAAUGCCAGUGUGAUUGAUCAGCAGGUCAGAGGGCUCGAGGGGACAUAUGACUAUUUGAAGGGCGUCAGAGAAAAGCAGAAGAGCAAAUUGAUGGAAAUGGUAUAUGGGGCGAAAGCAGGUCGGACGAGACUGGUGGGCGUCAGCGGUGAUAUGGAAGGCAUUGGGCUUGACGGUUGA